GGAAGGCGGGCAGGGAGGCAGGAAGGCAGGCAGGAAGGCGGGCAGGAAGGCAGGGAGGAAGCGGGACACUGCGCAGCUGCGGCCGUGAGGCGGCGGCGGGAAUGGCGUCCGUGGUGCUGAGCGAGGCGGAGAAGCUGUACAUCGUGCACGGCGUGCAGGAAGACCUUCGUGUAGAUGGUCGAGGCUGUGAAGACUACAGAUGUGCAGAAGUAGAAACAGAUGUUGUAUCAAACACAAGUGGAUCUGCAAGAGUAAAGCUGGGAGAAACUGAUAUCUUGGUAGGCAUAAAAGCUGAAAUGGGGACACCGAAGUUGGAGAAACCAGAUGAAGGUUACUUGGAAUUUUUUGUUGACUGUUCUUCAAAUUCUCCUGAGUUGGAAGGCCGGGGAGGAGAAGAACUUGGCACAGAUAUAGCAAAUACACUAUACAGAGUAUUCAGCUGCGAGAACAGUGUAGAUUUGAAAUCCCUUUGUAUUAAUCCCAAGGAGCACUGCUGGGUUCUCUACGUGGACGUAUUGUUAUUAGAAUGUGGUGGGAACAUCUUUGAUGCAAUCUCUAUCGCAGUGAAGGCAGCUCUCUUUAACACAAGAAUACCCAAAGUUCGUGUUCUGGAGGAUGAAGAAGGCACCAAAGAGAUUGAGCUGUCUGAUGACCCCUAUGAUUGUAUUCGAGUCAACGUAGAUGAGGUGCCCUGUAUUGUCACACUAAGCAAAAUUGGAUAUAGGCACGUGGUGGAUGCUACCCUACAGGAAGAAGCCUGUUCUUUGGCAAGCCUGCUUAUUUCGGUGACCAGUAAAGGUGCCAUCACUUCUAUGAAGAAGGUGGGGAAAGGUAGCCUGGAUCCUGAGAGUAUUUUUGAAAUGAUGGAGACAGGACAAAGAGUAGGCAAGUCACUUCACAUAGCCCUUCAGAAGAUUUUGGAUGAAGAAGAGAAUUUGGGGACUUCACGACCAAAAGUUGGAUUUCUAGGAUGACUUUUUAUUAAAUAUUCAAAACUGUUUUUAAUUGAUUUUGCAGUCUUGUCAGUUUGUAUAUAAAGAAAAGGGUUGGGUUUUUUUUUGUUGUUGUUCCAGUAGAGCCAUCCUCCUGGCUAAGAGGCUUUCAAAAUGUUACUAAACUUAAAGCAAGCUUGUUUAAUACAGUUAAAUGCAAAUAAGCAAAUUUGAGGGGCUUUCAAUACAGGUAAUUUCUGGCACCUAGGAAGUGCAGAAGCAGCAGUUGAUGCUGUUACCUGGGAAGUGCUUGAAUCUGUUUUCCAGAGUGACUGGUGUACUUUCCAUGUAAUUCUGUUAGCAUGUGUUUCACUUCUGUAAGCCAGCUGCCAUGUUCUAGAAUGCAUAUGGGGUUGUCUUCAAUGCAGCACAAAUGAGAGCAGCACGAGGUGGAAGUCUUCCUUCAAAUUACCUUACUAUUCCUUGAAUAAAGUGUGGUUAGAUUUUACUAUAAA